AUGACCCCUGCUGCCUUUCCACCUUCCUCGAUCUCCCUAGCUCGCUCUCCAAUCUCCCAUUUCUCUCUCUCUCUCUCUCUCUCUCUCUCUCUCGUCUUCGCCAUCCACCAUCCAUCCCGUUCGUCGUGAUAGAUGGCGGCAGUCCAGCCGUCCGUGGAGAUGACGACGCAGCAAGGGCCGCCAGCCGCCAGCUAUUCUCCGGCCAGGGAUGGCGGCGGCGGCAGGAGCGCCGAGGAUGAGGAGAAGGAGAAGGCGGCGGCGAUCGACAACUGGCUUCCCAUCAGCGCGACGCGGAAUGCCAAGUGGUGGUACUCCGCCUUCCACAACGUCACGGCCAUGGUCGGCGCCGGCGUGCUCGGCCUCCCCUACGCCAUGUCCCAGCUCGGCUGGGGUGCCGGCAUCACGAUCAUGCUCCUGUCGUGGGUGAUCACGCUGUACACGCUGUGGCAGAUGGUGGAGAUGCACGAGAUGGUGCCGGGGAAGCGGUUCGACCGGUACCACGAGCUGGGGCAGCACGCGUUCGGGGACCGGCUGGGCCUGUGGAUCGUGGUGCCGCAGCAGCUGGUGGUGGAGGUGGGGGUGAACAUCGUGUACAUGGUGACCGGCGGCACGUCGCUGCAGAAGUUCCACGACGUGCUGGUGUGCGGCGACGCGGCGUGCGAGGGCGGGCGCAAGAUCAGGCUCACCUACUUCAUCAUGAUCUUCGCGUCCUGCCACUUCGUGCUGGCGCAGCUGCCCAACUUCGACUCCAUCUCCGGCGUGUCCCUGGCCGCCGCCGUCAUGUCGCUCAGCUACUCGACCAUCGCGUGGGGCGCGUCCGUCAGCAAAGGGCGGGUGCCCGACGUGGACUACGGACUCAGGGCCACCACGCCGCCGGGCAAGGUGUUCGGGUUCCUGGGCGCGCUCGGGACCGUGGCGUUCGCCUACGCGGGCCACAACGUGGUGCUGGAGAUCCAGGCCACCAUCCCGUCCACUCCCGAGAAGCCGUCCAAGAAGCCCAUGUGGAAGGGCGUCGUCGUCGCCUACCUCGUCGUCGCGCUCUGCUACUUCCCCGUCUCGUUCGUCGGCUACUGGGCUUUCGGCGAUAGCGUCGACGGCGACAUCCUCGUCACCCUUAACAGACCCAGGUGGCUCAUCGCCCUCGCCAACAUGAUGGUCGUCAUCCAUGUCAUUGGCAGCUACCAGAUCUAUGCGAUGCCCGUGUUCGACAUGAUAGAGACGGUGCUGGUGAAGAAGCUGCGCUUCCCUCCAGGCCUCACGCUCCGUCUCAUUGCCCGUACUGUCUACGUUGCGUUCACAAUGUUCAUAGCCAUCACGUUUCCCUUCUUCGACGGGCUGCUCAGCUUCUUCGGCGGAUUCGCGUUCGCGCCCACAACCUAUUUCCUUCCAUGCAUCAUGUGGCUCGCAAUCUACAAGCCCAAACGGUUCAGCCUCUCAUGGUUCACCAACUGGAUCUGCAUCAUCCUUGGAGUGCUUCUGAUGGUGCUGGCGCCGAUUGGAGGGCUCCGGCAGAUCAUUAUCAGCGCCAAGACAUACAAGUUCUACCAGUAAACAUUGCACAAUUAUCGUGCAAAAAACAACGCAAACCCCUUGCUUCACCAGUAACUGACAGACAAGUCUUGUUAGGCCAUAUAUACCAUGUUACCAUCAGCUGAACAGGUUCUGGAUUUUGUUCCAUGAGGGCUUCCAACUCCUUGUUUAAUUUGGCACGACAAAAAACUCGCACCGGGUGCUCUAAUCGGCGGUCGAUUACAGCGUCCAGUGCGAGUUCUUUGCCGUGCCAAAAUUGAAAGGAGGUCGGCUCGGAUGCCGGGGCAUGCAUACAGGACCUAGAACCCGUUUCGGUUGAUGAGAAUGUUCCUGGCAUGUAAUGCUUCCCUUGUUGGUUGUGGUCUAACCUAGGAGUUUGCUUUGAGUGGAUCUUUGUACAAUUGUACGUGUAUAUGAUGUUUUUUUACAUUAUUCAGGGGAAUUGGAUCUUAGCUUCUGUGUGUGUAUGCGUAAAAAGGGAAAGAGUUGUGCUUCAUAUAUGUAUAUUUUUAGAUGGCCUAAAAUGUGUCGUAUUUGUUGCAUUUUUUUUUCUCCUACCACUUUUCAUUCAAUUAAUCACGAAAAAAAUACAUUGAUGAUCAUGCGUUGUUGUACUUGAUGGAUCUUGAUAAACAGUGGGUGCAUUGGUACAGUUUAGAUGCACGGUGAAUAUUUGGU